AUGGACCCGUUAUCCAUCACAAGCACAGUAGCUAGCAUUGUUGGGAUCUGCCUGAAGACAGCAAAGUCUCUGAGCGACUUACGUGACAAAUACAAGGAUGCCGAAAUGACUAUUCUUGCAAUUCAUUCCGAGACAUCUGUCAUUGGCGCAACUCUUUCAAAAAUUCAAUGUCUACUGCUGACCAACCCGGAAGCUUUAUCGCCCAAGAUCCAAGAAGAUCCGGGUAUAGAAGUCAAAGCUACUUUCGAUGUUGCUCUGACAGGAUGUGCAAUGAUAUAUUCUUGCAUUGAAAUUGAGGUUGGGAGGCUGAGGUCAUAUGCGGCUGAAUCUGAUCACCCCAGCUGGAAAGCCAAGUCCAAGUUCCUGUGGAACGAGGAUACUAUGAACCGUCACUUGGACAAUUUACGAGGGCAGCAAAUCACACUUACUCUCUUCGUUUCAAUCCUUCAAAUAUGAGCCCCUUGGCUCCCCAUCAUUGACGAAUCUAGUUUACAGUAUCGAUAUUGACAAAACAAGUGAAACAUCAGCAGAUAUUCAUCGAAUUGUCAAAGAAAAGAACACGGAGGAUGUUCUAGAAAGCGCUGCUGUUCGAACGAGAACACUUCGAGAUGCUUAUCCACAAUCCAAGGCCCCUGCAUCCAUUUUUGACACGCAUCAAUUAGAGGAUACGCGAUUUGGUGAUGGCGCUUUUAUCCUCGGCUCCGCCACGUUUGGAUUCGAUGACGCUAUUAUCAAUUCGCAUGUUUACCGAAGAACACUUGCUGAUGCUACGCAAUACGGCAAGAACCAAUCCGAUCUAUCGCCUACCAGUUCUGACGCAGGAUCUGCACUAAAUACCCAAGGAGAUGAAAUGUGACUAAUUUCCCAUCUUUCAAAACCUGAUAGAAGCAUCGGCUCAGAAGUUCGUAGAAAGAAGUCCGGAUCGAGUUUACAAGUUCCCAACGAAAUCUCUCGCCAACGGAAUUCGACACUCAGCAGUACAGCUGCAAUGCGUGCUUGUUCAGGAUCCGUCAUGGGACCCUGGGCAAAGUAUACAACCCGCAAGUUCAGAACAAGACAGUUGCGAUUUGAAGUCGUAUUUGAGACACCCGUGCUUUCUUGCUGUCCUACUACGAAUGCUACCGGACCGAUUCAAAAACGUCCUAUUCAUUAUAUUGAUGGAACAAAUAGCUUCUACAAUGACACACGCAGUAGUCAUGAAAUUCUUCAGCCGGAUAAAUCCUUCAUGUAUUCGGCAGACGACGAAUUGGCGAGUUGGGUAAAACUCCUUUCAAGUCUCCAGAUGAUAGAGAAAGAUUCUCGUCAGUGUGAUUGUCGGUCAUUCGACUUCAAGGAAGCAAACUCAGUUAUAUCCCAAACCCUACAACUGACCCUUGGAACCUCCGAAACAGAUUUGGCGAUAACCGAUCCAUUAAAAGGGUUCUGGAGCAGCUUCAGCGAAGAUUAAUUCCAAGAGUCACGGGAGGUGCUGAGGAUAAACACAAUAUCCGCUUCUUAGGCCUUCCACAGAUCCUGAUGCGCUUGAACAACGAUGAUACCCAGUUCAACGCGGGAACUUUCACACUCGAAGCCAGAGAUCGCUUACAAAGGUUUAUCCUAGAGAUUGACACAGCCCUUAAAAACUUCCAACAAACCGAAGUUUUAGAAGUUAUAUCUGGCCACAUCAACACCAUGGUACUUGAUAUCACGAAUCCUACUGAUGUACUCCGGAACAUCUCCUUAUAAGAAAGUGGACAAACCCUGGAAAAUCUUGUGGGCUUUUAUUUUGAUGAGAUAAGGCCUUCGGUUAGCAAAUCUGGCCAUAAACCGCUUUCAGAUGAGACCAAAGUUCAAAAAGACAUCAUUUGGAAAACCCUGAUGAUUCGGAUGUUUGUUGGUUGUCAUUACAUGAUUUCAAUGAGGGGGACGUCAUGA